CUCAGUUACGCAGUUACAUAUCUCCUUGUGCUAAAGGAGUAGAGUGGCGGUGUGUUGCUGUAAUCAUGCUCAAAGCAAUAAACAAGACGAAUCUCAGGCAAUUGUCUGGUCUGAUUCGGAGGUUUCAGAGCACGUUGGUUGUUGCCGAACACAACAAUGACACACUGACCCCCAUCACCCUGAACGCCAUCAGCGCCGCCAAAAAACUGGGCAGAGAUGUGUCCUGUCUGGUGGCUGGAACCAACUGCGCGAAGGUUGUAGAACAGCUGUCUAAAGUUCAAGGAGUGAAGAAAGUUUUGGUGGCUCAGCAUGAAGUGUACAAAGGCUUAUUGCCAGAGGAGCUCACACCUCUCAUCUUGGCGACCCAGAAACAGUUCAAUUUCACACACAUCUGUGCAGGAGCCUCUGCGUUUGGAAAGAAUCUUCUUCCAAGAGUGGCAGCCAAGCUGGACGUCGCUCCCAUUUCAGAUAUCAUAGAGAUCAAAUCUCCAGACACCUUCGUGAGAACCAUUUACGCCGGUAACGCCCUCAGCACGAUCAAAUGCAAUGAAAGCGUCAAGGUCUUCACUGUAAGAGGAACUUCCUUCGAGGCUGCAACCAUAGAGGGGGGCAGCGCCUCUUCAGAAGAAGUCGCCCCGUCCACACCUGCUGGGCUCUCGGAGUGGCUGGAACAAACUCUAAGCAAGAGUGACCGACCAGAACUCACAAGUGCUAAAGUGGUCGUGUCUGGAGGACGGGGCCUGAAGAGCGGAGACAACUUCAAGCUUCUGUACGACCUCGCCGACAAGCUGAACGCAGCCGUUGGGGCUUCCAGAGCUGCAGUCGACGCUGGCUACGUCCCCAAUGACAUGCAGGUCGGACAGACGGGAAAAAUUGUGGCUCCUGAGCUGUACAUUGCGGUCGGCAUCUCUGGAGCUAUUCAACAUCUCGCCGGAAUGAAAGAUAGCAAGAUCAUAGUUGCCAUUAACAAGGACCCAGAAGCCCCGAUUUUCCAGGUGGCUGACUACGGCCUGGUCGCUGAUCUUUUUAAGGUUGUACCUGAAUUAACCGAAGCUCUAAACAAGUCAUAGAUCCCCAAAAAUCGAACUUACCUGGAGAAUUUCAUCAGGACCUUUUUGCUGGGAGCCUUAAGUCGUCUGGAGUGGAUGCUACGUAUUAGAUCACUUUGUUCCUCCAAAGAUAAUUACAGAAUAUUUUCAUGCAUUACCAUCAAAUAAUAUGAACCACACAACCACUUAAAUUCAAUAAUUCAGUGGCACAUGGUUUUCAGAAUGCAAUUGCAUAGAAACAAAUUUUGAAACAAGAUUUGUUUGCUCAUUGAAUAUAAAUAUACUGGUAAUAAUGAAGAUUACACUCUAUUUUGCUUUGAUUUCUGGUGUCUCAGUAGACAACAGUUUGUAUUUCAUUUCAAAUAAGUAUAAUUCUUAUUUAUAUAUAUUAUAUAUAUAUAUAUAUUAACAGUAUCGCUGCUUCGUAUUCUGCAUACGUUUUAGUUUUUUGGUAAUGUAACCAUCUGUCGCUAGAUGUUAAUUGAAGUGACCCAAUAAACACAUCUUUAGUUUUUCCCAUUA